AUGUCGUCGUCUAGUCAGUCAACCACCAAUCAUAUGUUUCAUGGAAUGCAGUAUUCCACGAUAAAUGGCGGAGAGUUCUACAACGUCGGCCAUGACCUUGUUCGAAAUUUUCAUACUACGGCCGCCAACCCACAGAGAACUCUAUGGGACGCAAUCGCUGGCGUUGGAGCUUCCUACAAUUCCGCCUUGCAGUUUGAUCGUGGCAGCUGUCUCCCUGGCACCCGAGAAGCAGUUCUACGAGAUAUCCAUGAAUGGAGUUCCUCUGAAAGUGAUUCCUCCAAACCCGUAUGCUGGCUUUCAGGAACUGCAGGUGUAGGAAAGUCGGCCAUUGCGCUGACAGUUGCCAAAUCAUGUGCCGAAAACAAUCGCCUCGCAGCCUCUUUUUUCUUCUUCAGAUCCGACCCCAAGCGCAACAACCCAUCCUCCCUCAUGCUGACAAUCGCGCACGGUCUCGUUACCACGAUACCAUCGCUGCGCCCUAUCAUUGAACAAAAGAUUGCCACUGAUCCCAGGAUCUUGGAAGCCAAUUUGGACGAUCAAUUCAGAGAACUUGUUGUCUUACCGUUAUUGAAUGUCUCCCCGUCAUUGAUUGUCCACCCGUCAUUGAACAGCUCACCAUCAUCGAAAAGGAGAUCCUGCAUACCGAGAUGGGGGCAAAGAUGGCGGAGACACAGGCCAGAACAACCAUUACCUCAGCGUGUGCCCCAGUCGGUGCAACAACCAGAGUCGUUACCUCAGGCGCCGGCUCAGAAAGAUCCCAAUCUCGUCAUUAUUGACGGCCUGGACGAGUGCAAGGACAGCGACACCCAGCUGCGAAUUAUCUCCAUACUAACAUCUGCCUAUCAACAUUCCCCUCGUUUCCCGCUGCGACUUCUGAUCUGUAGCUGUCCUGAAUCAUGGAUUCGAGAGGCCUUUGAUCUUCCAAAGUAUUGUAUCCUCACUAAACACAUAAAGUUGGAUGAUUCUUAUGUGCCAAAUCAAGAUAUCGAACGGUACUUUCGCAGUGAGUUCACCAGCAUUCACACAAACAUUAAAUACAAACGGGUCGAAUUUCCCAACCCAUGGCCUUCCAAAGCUGACAUAGAGUGUUUGGUUGACAAUGCUUCAGCCCAAUUCAUUUAUGCGAUCACUGCGAUGAAGUUUGUGAAAGCGGAAUAUUCAUCCCCUAGCAAACAACUUUGCAUAGUUCUCGAUAGUCGAUCUAACCGAAUCUCUCCAAAAUCUCCGUUCCCUGAGCUUGACAACCUCUAUCAUAUAAUACUUUCCACCCAUCCUGAACAAGCCAUACUUCUCUCUAUCCUCAGUGCAAUUCUUCUGCUGCCAGAGAGAUUUAGGAAUCCGAAGUUUAUCGAAAUAUUGCUUGGAUUCUCCCCUGGAGAAGUAGACCUGUCGUUGCGAGGAAUGCACUCAGUACUCGACAUUCGGGGUGCGACGGACGAUAUUCGGGUUUACCACACUUCCUUCACCGAUUACCUCUGCACCAAGUCUCGAUCUGCCGAGUUCUACAUUAACGAGCCUCGGCAACGUGACUUCCUUGCUUGUCGAUGGCUCAUGGCUCUUGGUGAACUCUGCAAGGCUCAGGAAAAGAGCUUCCAUUCCUGGGUUUUCAGAACCUUCUUGGGAGGAUGGGGCGACUUUUGCUCCUCCGUGAAACAGCCGAGCAAGCAAUUGCUAUAUGAACUUGGAUCUCUUGAUCUGCUCAGCCUCGUCGUUGCUACCGGUGUCAGUCUGCAAGUUGGAAUUAGCCCGACGCGUGAGUCAUGGCAUCGGUGGGCCACAUUAUUCCGUUCCUUUCGAACCGUCGCUUCCUGGUUGGAUCAAAAGGGUGUUGACCUGGAAAUUAUUGAACGCUUCGUAAACGUCCAGGAUCGUAUCCAGGUGAACCCCUCACUGGAUGAAGAAAUUCGAAGUCACCUUGAAAGCUGGGUGGUCUUCAAUGUCACUCGUUGUGAGUCGAGAUGUCCAUUGACAGACCGUGUCGAAGCCUCAGUGGCUAAAUUGCUCGGCGGUGCAUGGAAUAGCGAGCCUUCCUCAGGUCCUCUUUCAUUAGCUGGGCCUACUAGUACUCCAGGCACCAGCAUCGAUAUUCCAUCUGGUUGCUUUCGGACUGUGAAGUGCUUAUGUUAUGACCUACAAACCUCAAUGGCGAGAUAUCAAAAUUCGAAAGCAGAAUCGGACAUUUCGGAAAUACGGUGGACUGUUCGCAAUCUACUGGAUUCAACGCUACUGGAAUCCUGCGUACCCCAACCUGAACUUCUCUCUAUACUCGAUACAAUCUCUGACGUGGUGAAGAUGUAUUACGAAAUCAGUCGAAGGCGGUUUCUCAUAUUUCGGAGCCGUCGAGAUAAGCUACUUUCAUGGUGCGAGUCCUUCCCAGAUGGUUAUGCCGAAUGUACAGAUCUCGUCAAAAACCAAAUCUUCCCUCUUAUCGAUUUCGGAAUGUAG